UACCUGCAUCGCCAUCCAUCCAUACUCCUACCCCGACCCGCAUAUGAAUUCCACUGUCGCAUUACCAAUUCUGAUACGUAAAGACAAAUUUUAAAUACCAAAAUAACCAAAAUCUCACUUAAAAUUAGUCACUAAAAACAUUAAAUGGCUCCACCUUCAAGUGCUGAAAUUCGGGAAGGAGACUACACCAAAGCUAUUUAUUCUUUGAUCAAAGAGCAGCAAUUUAAGGACGCCAUACUCGUUUUGGAGGACCAGUUAGAAUUUCAUCCCAAUAGUCGUGCAGCAUUAUCGUUACUUGGCUAUUGCUACUUUUACUGCCAAGAUUUUACAAAUGCAACCCUGGCAUACGAGCGACUUUUGUACUUGUUUCCCAAAGCUGAAGAAUAUCGACUUUAUUACGCCCAGUCUCUGUAUCAUGCGUGUCUCUACAAUGAAGCGAUGGAUGCGACGUGUCAAAUAGAAAAUGCAGAAUUCCAGGGAAAGAUAUUAAAGCUCCAGGCAGCAAUUAAGAACGGAGCAGACGAGCUAGCAGAUGCCAAGACCUUGGUCGAUAAGUGUCCAAAGGACGACCCUGACACAGAGAUCAACAGAGGCUGUCUUUUAUACAAGGAAGGUCGAUAUGACGAAGCUCUACAAAGAUUUAAUGCGGCUUCUCAAGUGAUUGGUUAUGACCCGCACUGUUCAUACAACAUGGCACUGACGCAUUAUCGACUCCAGAAUAUUCCGAUGGCUGCAAAACAUAUUGCCGACAUAAUUCAAAAUGAGGUGAGUCAACAUCCGGAAAUGGGAGUGGGAGUCAUGACAGAAGGAAUUGAGCUCCCGAGCGUUGGCAACACUUUGACUCUACACGACACUGCAUUCAUUGAAGCUUUCAACUUGAAGGCCGCCUUCGAGUUCGACAUUCAAAAUCCGAAAGGAGCUCGUGAAGCUUUGACAGACAUGCCGCCCAGAAAUGAGGACGAACUGGAUGCAAUUACAUUGCACAAUCAAGCAAUUCUAAACAUGGAAAAUAAUCCAACGGAAGGAUUUGAAAAACUGCAGUUUCUUUUAUCACAAAAUCCAUUUCCACCGGAAACAUUCCAAAACCUUUUACUACUCUACUGCAAAUAUGAAUGCUAUGAUCUAGCAGCAGACGUAUUGGCGGAUUAUGCUCAUCUUACGUACAAGUAUUUAACACCGUUCAUGUACGACUUGUUUGAUGCAAUGAUUACUCAACAAACUUCACCAGAAGAAGGAUACAGAAAGUUGGACGAAUUAUCCAAUAAAACGGCGGAAGCGUUACGAAAACUGACCAAGCAGGUGACCGAGUCAAAGGGAGUUGGUCAAGAUGCUGUUGCAAGCAAGCUUUGUACAGAAUAUGAUGAAAUGCUAGCAAGCAAAUACAUUCCGGUGUUGAUGUCGCAAGCAAAAAUAUUUUGGGAUAAGGAAAACUAUGCGCAGGUGGAAAAAAUCUUUAGAAAAUCCGUCGAAUUUUGUAAUGAGGUGGAUGUGUGGAAACUCAACGUUGCACAUGUCAUUUUUAUGCAAGAGAAUAAGUUUCGAGAAGCUGCAAGUUUCUAUGAAGCAAUCGUAAAGAAGAGUUAUGCUCACGUCCUUGAUGUAAGUGCCAUUGUCCUUGCAAACCUGUGCGUAUCUUACAUCAUGACGGGCCAAAACGAAGAGGCUGAAGAACUAAUGAGAAAAAUUGAGAGAGAGGAAGAACAAGUUGCGUUUGAUAAUCCGGAGCAGAAACUGUUCCACUUGUGCAUAGUUAACAUGGUUAUCGGGACCCUGUACUGUGCCAAGGGGAACUACGACUUUGGAAUUUCUAGAAUUAUCAAAAGUUUAGAACCAUACAGCAAAAAACUUGGAACUGACACUUGGUUUUAUGCCAAGCGUUGUUUUCUGUCUAUGUUGGAGAAGGGGGCCAAGCACACCACAAAUGUACGAGACAACGUUUAUCAAGACUGUAUCCAGUUUUUGCAACAUUGCGAAUCGUUUGGCAGAAAUGUGAAAACGUUGAUAGAGUCGCCAUUGGAGGACUCGCCUCUCCACCUCGGCAAGAACACCGUGACCUACGAAUCUCGCCUCCUUAAAUCCCUCCUUCUUCGUGUUCUCCAGUAAAUAGCGCAAUAAAACUAAACAUUUCACGUGCGGCGUCAAUUUCUACAAAUGAGACAAUUUCUCUAAAUAUGAGAAACUAAUGUGGAAAUGUCUCAAUAUCUCAAUUUGCCCAUCAUAUAAUUUCGUAGUAUGUCUCAAGUUUCCUUUCUAUCAGUCUUACAGUACAAUACAAUAAUUUAUUGUGAAUAAAAUAUGAUAAAAUUAGGAACCAAUGUUUUUUAAGUAUGAAACUACAAGUAGUGCAAUAAAACCAUCCAAAUUUAUGGUCAAACGGUCAUGUGAUGCUGAAAUUUGAGAAAAUCUGCUUUCACUUUGUGCAUGCAUAGCCGACUAUUUCAUUGCUGUUUGGGGCAUACGGAGCCUUCGACCGCCUUGCUUCGUAAGCCGGUCGCUCUUUCGUUCGCGUCUUCUUGUGUGAUCUAAAAACCACUCACUCAAAAUCGAAAUAUUAUUUCUCGAGAACAGUAAAUAAUUUAAUUACAAUUAUUUAAAAACAAAUUUCAACGUUCUUUCUAUAAAA